AAUGAACCCAAAAUUAAACCGAAUCCUUUAUUCUUAGGGUAAUAUGACCACAAGCGCCACCUAGUCUCCAUCAUAGAACAUAAACUAUAAUGAUGCAGGGUAAUCGUUAAAUCAAUAGUAUGAGAGAGCUACUGGAUAUGAAACUCAAUUAAGUUCGGAAAAUAAACCGAUAGCAGAAUGAUAACAUCAGAUUGCUGAAGUCUCGACUGAAUCAUAUACAACAUUAGGAUUUUAAUUGUCAGAGGAAUAUUUCUAGAACAAGUAAUGAAAUAUAAUCAAUUAUUUCUACCAAAUCUAGAGUGAAUGAGGACUAGAUGAGAAAGGUACACAUCUAAAACUCAUUUAUAUGUUUAGUAAUUCCUGGAUGAGAUUAGAUAAAAGAAACUUCAUGAAUAUUCUCAAAGGGCUAAUUUGUCAAAAAUGGAGAGAAUAAAACGGAGCUAGAACGUUGAAAACUGUAAGAUAUAAAUGUAUUUGAUAGAGAAAUAAAUCUAUUCUGAAACUCAUUCUUUCUUAAAUAAAGAAUAUAAAUCGAAUUUGUCUCAAGCAAAAUUGUAAACUUGGAAUGAAAUAUAUGGGACUAAUUGCAAAUCUCACAAACAAAUCAGACAGGCCCAUCUUCAACAUCAAUAAGACAAAAUCAUUUAAUUACAAUUGGUAUUAUGUAUCUUGAUAUUAGAAAUAAUAAGAAGGAUCAUAUAAUUAUAAAUAGAAGAUAAUAAAGGAAGCACAGCAGUUUCAAGAAAGGCAAAUGAGAGUCACAGAAUUAGAAGAGGCAGAAGAAUAAUAUUUGAUGAAACUAAAAGUCACUCAGAGUAAGAACCGAUCUAUGAGUGCCAAAAAGGAAGAGAUAAGGAGAAUUCCUGCCGAAAAAAUAGCAAUCAGCAAAAAUAAUCUCUUUAGAAUAAAUUGA